UCCACCCUAUAAAGAGAUCCCCUGCUCAAUGAGAAUGCAUUUUUUGUUGUUGUUUACAUUUUGACCGGUAACCGGCAUAAGUAGGAGUUUUUUUGCUACUUUAUUUAAUACUUUUAAUGUGAAAACCCUAUGUUUGUAUCCGUAACAAUUCCAAGAUAUUUUUUUUUUACGUUUUGUUUGCUAGCUACCGGUAAGCUAGAAACACUAAGGUCUCUCUUUUUUUAAAGUAUAAUAACUUUGUGUCACCAUGGAACAAACCGAGUCUUACCCAGUGCAAUUGUACAUUUACGACAUGUCCAGAGGAAUGGCCCGGCAGCUCAGUCCUCUCAUGCUGGGGAGACAGCUUGAUGGGAUAUGGCAUACUGCUAUUGUGAUCCAUGGAAAGGAGUUCUUCUUUGUGGGACAAGGCAUCAACAAUUGUCCACCUGGCAGCACCCCUUUGGGUCAGCCUGGCUCCGUCGUUGACCUGGGCUCCACUGAGGUGUCUGCAGAGUUAUUUAUGGAGUAUCUGAUGUCACUGGCAGUCUCUACAUAUGGACGGGACACAUACAACCUGUUCGAGCACAACUGCAACACUUUCAGCGACGAGGUGGCUCAGUUCCUCACAGGAAAAAAGAUCCCGUCGUACAUCACAGACCUUCCAUCUGAAGUCCUGUCCACGUGAGUCAAUAAACAACAUAAUGCUACUCUAAAUGUAAUACCAUGACACUUUAUCUUCACUGUUUUAGUUAUCUGCGUCUCUGCUUAUCCUGAUCUUUGUCACAAUAGUAGAAUUCCUGUUCUG